UUUCAUGGCACGCAUUUGGGACUUCGACUUUUUGUGACAGCAUGUCAUUUUCGACAUUUGAUUGAUAAUUUUACAAAGAUCCAUCAAAUUAGUUUGUUUGAAAGUUACUUUAGGCGCUAAAUGAACAUAUUUAAUAAAUUUCGCUUCGAAAUAACGAUGUGAGUGCAAGGAUUCCGUAAUAGGAGGUAGCUACCGGGGUCCCCAUAAUGUGUGCCCAAAAGUGUGUUGUGGAGGGCUGCAAUUUGGAGUAUGAUGUGAUUUGCAGCUUUUCUUUCUACAAUGUUAACACAUCAGCAUCGACAGAUGAGAAACGACAGGACUGGAUUGAGGGUGCUAUGCAAGAGGAGAGUGAGUGCCUAUGGAGGCAUGUCAGCUUGCAACUAUGCGGGUACCAUUUCGAGAUGGAUCAGCAGGGGCUGUGGAUCGACUCCCCGAUGCUGCCCGAGCUGCUCACACCGCAGGAGAAGGUAGCACCCGUGCAGCUCUCGCCCAGCGAUAAAAAAAUCGCAGAAACAAUCCGCAUGGAGCACAACUACUGUGUAGAGCCAGCACAGGUUGUACCGGAGAACGUCUCCAGACUCAAUGUGAGACAGCUUGUGGACACACUUGGAUAUCUGUCCCUGAAGAACCUGCAGAAGAAGCAGCUGUGGGUGGUGAAGGUAGAGACGGAGAAGGCGGAGGCGUCCAUCACCCAGUCCGAGCAGGUCAUCACCAAGAUGCCCGACCCCAAGCAGAUUAUUGAGAUAAUCCCUCAGAAGCCGGAACAAGUGGAGAACCAGAAUGAGGUCCUCCACAUCAUGGAGGAGGACGGCAACAUCUCCGACAACUUCAUCUACGAGAUAGCAGAGGAGCAGGAGAUCACCAUGGAGGAGGUGAAGGAGAUCCCCGGCUCGGAACAGCAGGAGUGGACCGUCAACAUCAUCCCCGAGGACCCCUCCAAGCCCAAGUACGCCUACAUCAAGCACUGCAACACCGGCAAGAAGAAACGACACUUCACCGCCGAGAUGAACGAGAUCACCCUGCAGGGCAACUUCGAGAACUACUACAUCCUGCCCGACGUCGACCCGUCAGUCGGGGUGGAGAUCACCACCAGCUACGAGCCGGAGAACUACAUAGUGGAAGAGUAUCCCCACCUCGUGCUCCAGGAGCGACCGAGGAAGAGACCCCGCGACCCCGAUAGCACGAAGAAGCGCAAGAAGAAGUCUCCCUCAGUCCGGGAACAGGUGAAACAGAUCAAGACGGAGCUCGGCGAGGACUGGGUCAUCGACAACUCGUACGACCCCGACCAUGACAACUCCGACGACUACGACGACAAGAAAGCGGCCCGGGUGAGGAGAAAAAAUAAGAAGUACCUGGGCUACGACUUUGUCACCUAACCUGCCCGCGCCGCCUGCGGUCACAUAUUUUUCUAUUAGAUACUAUAUAUGCGUGGAAUAGGUAAAAUUAUCGAGCGCUGUAUUUUUUUUUCUUGAAUUUAGGAUGGGUGUACAUUUGAUACGCAUUGGCCGUUGACUAAGUAUUUAAAAUUCGAACGAGGCCCGUUUUAUUUAGUUUUAAUCGUGCUAAUGAUUUGUGUUUGAAUUUGCUUUUUAUUAAUCUUAAUUUAUGUCCGGCGACAUAUUUGUGACUUCCUAGGACUUACCAAAAGUUGAAGCUAUUGAGUUAUUAUAAUAUGUGUUUGAAUGUUAUACGUAGGUAAGAUUAUAUUGGAUAAUACUAAGUAUAUAAAUAGUACUUUUCGUUUUGAAUAUUUGUAAAACUUUAAUAUGUGUACUCCUUAAACUUCGGGGGUAAAUUUUAAAAUUUGUAGCGAUAGAACAUUGGUUUGUACUAUAUGAAAAUCAUCUGCAUAAAUUCAUUGUCAAAUCAACAUCAAAA